AUGCGAGCCGCCCGGGCCUCGGCCUCGGCCUCGGAGCGGCCCCCGCGCCCGGCGCCCGACCCACGCGCGGACUGCAGCGCGGACACUGCGGGGGGCACGGCCACCAGAAACCGCACUUUCCUCUGGUGCUGGGGCCAUGUGAAGUUACUUCCACCAGACUUUGAAAAGGAGGGGAAUAGACCCAAGAAGCCACCGCCUCCAUUCGCUCCUGUCAUCAAACAAGGGGCAGGUACCACUGAGAGAAAACAUGAAAUUAAAAAGAUACCUCCUGAAAGACCAGAAACACUUCCGAAUAGAACAGAAGAAAAAGAAAGACCAGAGAGAGCGCCAAAACUGGAUUUACAGAAGCCCUCUGUUCCUGCCAUACCGCCAAAAAAGCCUCAGCCACCUAAGACCAACUCUCUCAACAGACCUGGCGCAUUGCCCCCGAGAAGACCGGAGCGACCAGUGGGUCCACUGACACACACCAGGGGUGACGGUCCAAAGAUUGACCUGGCGGGCAGUUCGCUAUCCAGCAUCCUGGACAAGGAUCUCUCAGACCGCAGCAAUGACAUCAACCUAGAAGGUUUUGACUCCGUGGUAUCAUCUACUGAGAAACUCAGUCACCCAACAACAAGCAGACCAAAAGCUACGGGGAGGCGGCCUCUGUCCCAGUCUCUCACAUCGUCCUCCCUUUCAAGCCCUGAUAUCUUCGGCUCCCCAAGUCCCAAAGAAGAUAAGGAGGAACACAUUUCACUUGCGCACAGAGGAGUGGAUGCAUCAAAGAAAACGUCAAAGACUGUUACCAUAUCCCAAGUGUCUGACAACAAAGCAUCUCUGCCGCCCAAGCCGGGGAUCAUGGCAGCAGGCAGCAGUGGGCCAGUCCCUCUGUCCUCAGCGGCGCCUUCCCCGCUGUCAUCCUCUUUGGGAACAGCUGGACACAGAGCCAACUCCCCAUCUCUGUUCGGCAGGGAAGGAAAACCAAAGAUGGAGCCUGCGGCCGGCAGCCAGGCAGCCGUGGAAGAGCUGAGGACGCAGGUCCGUGAGCUCAGGAGCAUCAUCGAGACCAUGAAGGACCAGUAGAAAUGAGAGAUUAAGCAGUUACUGUCAGAGUUGGAUGAAGAGAAGAAAAUCCAGCUUUGGUUGCAGAUGGAAGUGAAUGACAUAAAGAAAGCUCUUCAAUCAAAAUGAAUAUUUGAUAAAUGAAAUGUCACAUUAUUCAUCCUGAGUCUGAGACUCAAAUUUUCUGCCCCAGCCAAAAUAACCUUGUGCCAAAAGAUUAAAGGUUUGCCUCAACAUGUCCCUGUUUGAAAGAUUAGCACAGAAGUCUUGAUAGCACAACACAAAUUCCAUCCAAGAGGAGAAUCUUUCCCAUGGUGUAGUCCUGGGGCUGGCAGUGGUUGUGACUUACACGGAGCAAAUUGUGCUACAGGCUUUUCUACCUUGAGAUCUCGUACGAAAUGAAAACUCAGGCAGUUUAGUCCAUAGUGGUACUAUUGUGAUGAUAUUUUCCAUUAAUAAAAUGUAAUUUCAGAUUAUUCGUUUACAAGCUUUAUAAUUUUAUGAUUUUUUAAUCGUGUUUUGUCACAGGUUCCCCUAGUGUUUGUACUACAUGUAGUCAGGCGCGAGUGUCCCGUUCUUUUGCUUCAGGCUGAGAGCUGCCUCGCUUUGUGUCCCCCUUUAGGAUUCUAUUACAUAUGCAGUUGUAGGCCCAACUGUCCCUUCCCCUGCUAGCAACCCCCACCACCCUAAGAGAAAUUUUAGCUUAUAUAUGAUGGUAUAUUUACAAAAAGAGAAAGAGAAAAUCUGGCAUUUGCAAUGAUCUGUGCCUUCUUUUUACCACCCUCUUGAUUGGAGCUUUUGUGAUGCAGCUACCAUGAUUCAAAAAAAAAAUUA